UUAAUUCCAACUGUCCGUUUUUGUUUUUUCAAUUCCAUUUUAUUUACUGAUAGAUAUAAUAAUCUUUUAGCAGUUCAACGCAAAAUGGAUCGUGGUACAAAUAAACGCAAGCAUUACCUAAGUUUUUUGGAUCCCGACUACAGAAGCUCGUCGGUAGAUCCUCGGACGCACAAGCGUUGGAACGAAAUAAAGUUCAAAUCAGGAAGAAAUCGUGAUUGCAUUGAUGCUGCUAAAUUACAGCAGGACGGCGAUUGUCCAUCAAGUACUUCCAAUAGUCCGCUGGAAAAUCAUUCAGAAUUUGAUCUUCCAGUUUCAGAACUGGUUUGCCUUGAUGUUAUGUCAGAUGAUACAACUGCUCUUCGCUUUGCUCAUAAAAAUGUUAUGAAGCGCAGUUUUGGUGAUAAGCAUAUGAAUAUGAAUGAUGCGUCCACAAAUGAUAGUGAUCAACCGGAGAAUCCAUCAUUGCCCCGGCCUUCUUCGAUUGACAGCAGCGUUCAUCUCCAUGAAGAAUCAAAUCCUACUUAUUAUGGAAUGGCAAAUGACAUGAGUGACGAUUCUAACGAUAGUUUACAUGACUCUGAUAAAGAUAUCGACAAUAGAAGAAACUUUCAUGAUAAUCUGCUUAUAUUUCCUGCAGCUGGAAUAACAGUAUCCGAUGUCAUAAAGAUGACCGACGGUUUGUCAUUAAGGCAUCGCUUUUCAUGCGAAGCCCAGCUUGCAAUUCUCGAGUUAAUUAAAACACUGGCAGGACCUCAAUUCAAGGACUGGGACGUCAGUUCUUAUCGAGUUACAAAGCUGUAUAAUCCGCCUUUGCAAAAAAUAUCAUACACGUUCUACUGUUCGGAAUGUAAUGUCACCUUGCUAGAAUCGAUAAAGUCAACCAAUUUUUCGACGCAACAGAUAAUUUGCGAUAAAUGUAAAAAACUAUAUGCUUUAACAACAGAAAGUCCUAAUUAUUUUAUAAAUCUUGAUAUAGAAUAUCAAAUAAAGUUGCUUCUACAGCGAGAAGAUGUGUUUGACGAUUUAGUUAAUAAUUUGGAAAUGAUUGAAAAUAAAAUACACAAUCGAAAUGAAACAAUAUGUGAUGUGUACGACAGCGAAACGUAUAAAAAUUUGUACAGAGAAAAUCGGUCAAAUGCGUCACUGAUUACUUUUAACUUUAAUACGGACGGUGCACCUCUUUUCCGAAGUUCGAAACGAAGUUUCUGGCCUAUUCAAAUUACAGUCAACGAACUUUCACCAUCCUUGCGUUUUAAAAACACAAUUGUAUGUUCUCUGUGGAUAGGAUCGAAAGAACCAUCACCGCAAUUUAUGAAUCUGUACUUGAAUACUUUCGUCAAAAUGAUACUUCGACUAAUGAAUCGUGAAUUACAAUUAACAACAGCGAGUGGAAAAACAAAAAUGAUAAUUGUAAGACCGUUGAACGCACUUGUCGAUUCGCCAGCACGAGCUUUGGUAGCAAGUAGGUUACAGUUUAAUGGGCAUUAUGGUUGUAGUUGGUGCUAUGCGUUCAGAAAACAUAUUGACACAAUGAGGUAUCCAAUGCUAACAAGCGAUGAUGACGAGAAUCCUUCGUUGAGGACGCAUGACAAAUAUCUGAAAGAUGCAAUAAACGCCACCAAAUUACACAAAAUUGUCAGAGGCGUAAAAGGACUCACAGUUCUCUCGAAAAUACCAUCAUUCGAUUGCAUUUGGAACUUUCCUUUAGAAUACAUGCACACUUUUAUAUUGGGAGUGGCCCAGCAAAUGUGGAAUAUGUGGAUAAGUAAUCCGAAACAUCAAUUCUAUUUGUCUAGAACAAAACGAAUAGAAAUAAAUAGACGAUUACUCGCUAUGCAACCUCCUCACGAAAUUCAUAGACUGCCCCGUUCAUUAGUCGAUGCAGCAAAAUGGAAAGCGACGGAAUGGCGAGCAUGGCUGCCCUUUUAUUGCUAUCCCUGCUUAAAAGAUGUUUUCGACGACAAAGCACUUGAUUCGUUUAUGCUUUUUUCUCAAAGUAUAUAUCGCCUUCUUCAAUCCGAGAUAUCUGUAUUGGAUUUGAAAGAAUGCGAAAUAGAUCUCAUGCGUUUUGUAGGCGAAACCGAAAUCUUCUAUGGAGAAACCGCAAUGACUUUUAACGUACAUGUUAUCACACACGUUGUACAAUCUGUUAUAAAAUGUGGACCUUUAUGGGGUAACUCUACGUUUCAAUUCGAAAAUGGAAUAUAUAUAUGCAAGCAACAAUUGAAUGGACCGAAAGGUGUAUACCAACAAAUAAGCAAGAAAUUGUUGCGUUUGAGCAUAUUUCAAAGUACUUGUGAAGGCAAUACUUUUCACUCAAAAGGUGCUCUACAGUUUUCCCAAAAUUUAUUUUCUCAUCGGAGAUUAACUAAGUAUGUUAACAGCAACCUCAAUGAUGUUGUAUUCAUAGGUGAAGGUGAAUUUUGCACGGAUCCGAGAGAUUGUUCAAUAUUACGCGAUGACAUUACUGUCAAAGUAUAUAAUCGAUGUAUUUUCCGCGGAUUCGUUUAUCAUAGUGUAACAUAUACUCGCCCUAAAAAAACAAACGAUACUAUCAUUUUACUGAAAAAUGAUACUGUUUUACAAAUUGUUGGUUUCUAUCGCGACAGCAAAAGCUCAAUAUUCAUUAGAGGUCACACGCUUAUUGUUACUCCAAUCAGAAUCAGCAAUAGUAAACAGUACACGCAAUUUCAAGAAAUUGUUGAAGAAGUACAAGUACCCAUUAUCAUUCAGUUUGAAGAUAUAAAAAACAAGAUGGUGUUAAUAAAGUCAAGGAUAAGUAAAUACGUGUGCGCCCUUCCAAACACAUGGGAAACACAGUAAAUUAUAAAAUCUACUCUGAAAAAAUUGUUCAAACGCAACAAUUUCUUGCUCAUUUGUUUAAUAUGUAAUUUUAUUGCGUUUUAAUAAAUAUACUAUUAUUGAAAUUGAUAUUAAUUCUAUAAUAAAUAAAUUUAUUUAAUGUACCCAGUCGUCUUCACAGCUUGUCAACACAUGAAUGCAAAUUACAUCCUGAAGAUAUCCAAACAGAACAAAAAGAUAUAAUGAUAUCAAAAUGUUGUCAAAAUGACUCCAAAAUGAUUAUUAAGAGAACUUUUCGAUUAAUAAUGAGUCAUUUUAAUGACACUUUGAUGUUAUCAUGACUUGUUUUGCUUGGAUAAGAGUACAUAGAUGUUAUAGUAAAUGCUAACAUAAAAUUUAAUUAAAUUACAAAUUAAUUACGUAUUCUUACAAGAAAUCAGCUUCAACAAUAAUGCAUCAAAGUAUAUAGAAGUAAUAUUUACGGAACCAUGCAUGUGAACUAAAUAAAUUUAUGAAUACUUUCUGAUGAUGAUGAUCAGGCUCGCAAAAUUAUCUGAAUUCUGAGUUCCGGAUUCAUCAUGAUACGAAUCGAAUCACAGAAUCGUGAUG